AUGCUUCUGCUGCGUCUUGUCGGGGUGUCAUUGAGGCCGGUUUUCGAUGGGAGGUGGAAGGAUCCGGUGUUAGAUGGACGGCUUUCACGGCAUGGCCGGGGCUCUGCGGGACCUCGCGUCGCCUCCGCCGGCGGCCCUGAGAGUCGGGACGCUCGCCAGCCGUCGAAAUAUGCCUCGUCUUGGGGUCGCCAUGUUUCGCCCGCGAUCCAGGACGUGACACGAGAGCUCGAUGCCAGCUUGGGAGCCCCCAGAUUCCGUGUGAACCGCCCGCUGGUUGACCCGAUCGCCCAUAGGGUUUCCUGUCGGCGCUCGCACACCAUCGCUGAUGAUCUCAUAGACCGGAGCGGGAGGGGAGGCCGUCCAUUUCUAAUCCAGCGACUUACUGUACUGUAA